UCGUCAGUCUGUCGUUGACAGCCGUGCCGAAACGUGCGCGGUUCUAUACGUCGCCGUCGAACAAUUUCCGAGUAAACGAGUGACGUUUGGGGCGCUUAAGUCAAGACGCGCGCGCUCGAGUAAUUAAGCUUAGCUGCUGUCAGUUAGUGUAGCAGUGUACUAACCUACUAGGAUAGAUGUGUGUUCGCACUAAUGAUCGCGACCAGUAAAACCGUAGCAAGCGGGGGUAAUUUGCGCGGAAUCCACGUGUCGCGCUAGCGAUGUAUUGCAUGUCGCCUUAAGUGUAUUUUUUUUUUACCGUGUGACGUUUUAUUACCACACUAGCGGUAGAGUUUAUUGCUGUAAGUUUGUAAGAGUGAUGAUCUUCCCCGUAAUUAGCGGAUAAGGUUACGAAUGAGCAGAGGUGUUGAAAGUGUCAGAGCCGUUCAAAGUGCAAAACUAGAGGUGUAAAAAUAAAGCCGAAUGGUGGCAAAAGUGAGCGGUUUUAGUGGCAAAUCGAAUCUAUUUUCAAGAAUCAAUCGCAGCGCACAGCUUAGUGAUAGUGCGGUGCUGUCAGUGAGGCGCCGUUAAACGGAGUGUGAUGAAAGCUGCGCUUGCUUGCUUUGAUGUCGAACCGCGGCGUGAUUUCCGAAGGAGUUGUGUUGACAUUGGCAGUGCGUAACCGCAGCGAUUUGUCGCAACCUUUGUGCCGUUAAUUGGAUUGAGCGACUUUAACGGGCAGCUCAAAGCAAAAACAUUCCCCCGAAAAAGAGACUUCUUCCAGCAUCAAUGACAGUUCAGUAAAAAAAUCAUCGUGACAGUGCUGCCAGCGAAAUUUUCUUAACAUGAGUGAUUAGUGCAAAUUAAGAGGGUCCAAAAUGACCUCAAGCAAAAUAGUGCACCAACCAUCAUCACUGCUAGUGCACCAGGGUGAUGACGAGCUGUGUGCACGUUUCGUUGAAUAUUUACUCUGUAAGUAAAGUGGGUGAUUAGUGACAUGUGAAAAACGUAACUGCAAGCCAUCGAAGAAGACUUGGCGUGACCCUUUUUCUUCGGACCAUCAUCCCCCCUCCCGUAAGAUGCCUUGGGGCUGUCUCUGUUCCAAGGAAAAGAAACGCCCGCAAAUUAGCAGCCCCAUACUAAAGUCCGACGAAUCCGCCAAGCAGCAGCUCCUUCCGGCGUCCGGCCGCCGUCCCCAGCAGAUUGCAUCCUCAACCGCUGCCGCCAACGCCUCAAAGCUCGAACAGCGUCUACUUGCCGGUGACGAUCCGAGUCUCAACAACCAAUCUUCCAACACCGCUGACGAGAGCAGCGAGGAGUUCGCCCCCAAUGGCAGCGGUGGCCUCAAGCGGGACCGACUCCAGCAACAGCUGAUCCAAAAGUCCAAGCUAAAGUCGUCGAAUUUAAAGAGUACAACUUACACCAGAAACACCGAGAAUGACAAGCUAACGAGACACUUGAACAAUGUGACGUUCGCCUUCGACGAACCUCAGCGCCCGCAGGGCGGUCACAAGGUUGAGGUUAGGUCCGGGGAGCUGAUCCGGCUGGACGAUGAGGGGGACGGCAACGGGAACUACGAUGUGUUGCAGCCACCGCAGGUGGCGGUGCCUUCCAACCCACCAGAACUCGCCCAGGACGUGGUCCUGCAGAUCGUCGAAAAGACCGACGAAAACAGCAACGUCCACCUGAGGGUGCCCCAGCAGCAGCAACCAGACAUCGUCAAGAGCAGCACCGAAAGCAUCCCGUACAUCGACGCCGAGCAGUCGCAGAUCCUGAAGAAUCUCAACCGCGACCCGAACAAGGUGCGCAACUUUCACGAUGCUCGAAUCAUAACGCUAACGCCAAAGAAUGUCGGAUCGCAAGCGACCCGGGCGCUGGCCGGACCGUCCAGUCCGGAGCUGCGCCAGCUGGUACAGGCCAAGAAAGAGCCGGAACCGGAAGUGGCGGCGUCGUCCACCCGGCUCGCCCAGUUUAGUCACAGCUUUCAUAUCCUGACGGGGGCUGCCGGAUGUGACCGGGUCUGCCAACAGUGUCAUCUGGUGCUGAGUUUGGACGUGGCGCUGCGAUGUGCCAUCUGCGAGUUCACCUGUCACCAGCGGUGCGUCCUGCUGCAACAGAAAAACCAUGAAGAUGAACAACAGCAGGUCAUCAACAAGUACAACUCGCUCCCGCUCCAUGCGCUCCAGAACCAGCAGCAGCAGCACCAGUACCAAUCGCCACACCUCCAACAGUCCCGGCCGGCCUCCAGCCUGAGCCAUGUAAAUAAUAAUAACGGCAAUCAUUACCAUAAUUACUCAUCGGCGCACCAGCACCAUCACAACAACAACAACAACAACGGCCUCCAUCAAUCACCUUCAUGGAGCAACGGCAACGCAACAGGUCCGGACGGUCCACUCCGGUUGAGUUAUGUGACCGAACGGAUACUGGCAUCGAUACUGCCGGCCCGGCGGCACAGGUACCGCAACGGGUCAACCACUCCACAGCCGACGACGACUACGACUCCCGGCGGUAGUCCCGGCUUCGUGGACGAGCACGAACGCGAACUGAUCGAAAUGCUGGAACAGAAGCACGAGAGGAACUACCGGAUAUUCGACCUGGAGUCGUGCAUCGCCAGCAUCAGCCUGGAGAAGCUGUGCGAACUGUGCAAGCACAUCGACUCGUGGCUCGGCAGCGGCAAGGAGAAGAUCGUGGUGCUCCAGGACAGAUCUGACAAACAGCGCCUCGGUGCCGCCAUCGCCGCCUACCUCGAGUACCAGAAGAUCUGCGGCUCGAACUUUCCCCAGUCAAACCGUACCAAAGCGCUUCCAUCGCCCGGUGGUGGUCCCGACGGUCGCCGGACCCCAACCUGGCUCGACCUGGACCUCUACUCGACGCAACGCUUCCUCGAGUCCGUAACGGGUCCGCUCCGAGUCCCGUCCCACAAGCGGUACAUCCGGUACUUUUCCGGCCUGCUCGCCGGCACCAUCAAGAUGAACGCUUCGUCGGUGUUUCUGCGCGCCAUCAUCGUCGAGUCGCCACCCUGUCUGCACUACCGGGCCGUCACCGUUAACAGCGAGUGGCGCAGCUUCAUCAAGGUGUACGAGGGCGUCCGGUGUCUGUUCACGUCGGAUAUCUACGUGAUACCGAUCACCACCCGGCAGUUUAUCUACGAGAUCAAGCAUCCGCUGCGGUUGCGCGGCGACGUCCUGGUGCGCUGCUACCAGAUCAUACCAAAUAACAACAAGCUGCACGACGAGAAGGAGCUCGUCUCGGCCGUGCAGUUCCACACCUGUGCCAUAACCGAGAAGGAAGUACAAUUCGCCAAGCUGGAGCUGGACCUGGCGUGCGACGACGAGCGCUUUCCGGCGGACCACAAGCUAACGCUGUGCAUCGACACGGUGCCGAACGAGAAGAGUGCAAUACUGGUCUUCCAGAACCCGCUGGUGCGGAUCGAGCCGAUCAUCGAGAACGGCGACCACCUGGAGACGAUCAACGGGGGAGGUUGGUCCUCCUCCUCCUCUUCCGGAAAAGACGAAUCGAACCACACGCAGGGCCCGCUGGAUGGUUCCCUGUACGCGACGAUCCUCAAGAGUCCAAAGUCUCCCACGGCGACCGGGAGUCAGCAAACGCUCAUCUCGCCGCCGGCCGAGUUCAGCAACGGAAAGCCACUGAACGGAAGUGGAAAUGGUGGCCCACCGCCGGUGACGCCACCCCCGCGGAGUUCGACGCCCGGUGCCUACCUGUACGAGAGUGCCAAACGCUACCACCAAAGCGCCAACGGAACCGCAACGUUGCAGCGGCCUAACGCCGCCAGUAGUCAUAGCAACGACAGUAACAACAACAACAACAACAUUAGUGGUAACUACCGGGAUGUGAUAGAGAACGGAAGUGCAAGUGCGAGUGCGAGUGGAUACGAUCAGAACCAGAAUCCGUUGUCCGGUGGUAGUGGGGUGGGAGUGAGGGAUUCCGGAAGGGGUAGUGCAGGAGUGCAUCACCACUCGUCGUCGACGACGACGACGCAGAUCCGCAGUCAGGCGGAUGGGCGCGAAUCGUCGGUGAGGAGUCCGCUGACACUGUCUAUGGACUCGGGCAUCUCCAGCAGUGGAGCAGUUAAUCGUCGCCUCCAGGGCUCGAGCGUUUCACCAUCCAGUUUCCCCAGCCAAGCUAGUCCCCAAGAUGAUCGCCACCGCGAGCUGGACGACCUGCUGUCCGACAUGCUGAUGACGGUCCAAGGAAUUCCGGACGCCGUCAAUCGCAACAACAGCAAGAACCAUCAUCAACAGUCCGCGCAGCAUCACCAGGCGGAUCACUUUGUAAACACCUCCACCGACACGAUCAAGCGAUCGCACUCGGCCCAGCUGCCGGCACUCAGAGAGGAACCACUCGCCAAAGAGCGUGAGUUGCUGCUGUACGAGACGAGCAGUACGACGACGACGCUGACGCCGCCGAGCGAGAGUGGCCGCGAUACGCCGCUGUUGAGUUCAACGAGCAACUACUCGACGAUUCGCGAUAAGCGGGAACUCACGGGAGGCGCUCCGUUGACGCCGACUGAGCGUGAGCUCAUCAUGAACCUGCAGCACCAGCAACAGCAGCUGAACCAUCAGUCUUUCGGAUACCCUCGGCAGGCGCGAUCCACUACGGGAGCUUCGGAACGGUUCACCUCGGACGACGACGACGACACGUUUGCACGCCCGUACCACGCCCGGGAGGACUCACGACCCUUCACCUACGGCAGCAUACCGACGACGGGGACGCCCCAGAAUCCGCCCGCCUCGACCAUGAUCAAGAUGCAGUCGGGCCUGUCGAGUCCGUCGAUGGUGCGCAAGGCGCUCGGGACGCCGAACUCGACGCGCAAAUCGGCGACCUCCGCGGGCGUCACCUUCGGCAACGGAAUGGGCGGCGGUGGCCGCAACUCGGACUUUGAGGAAAUGCUUCGCGAACGGCGCGAUAAAGUGCUCAGUGAAAAGUACACCAUCGGCGACCAGCAGUCGUCUCCCGGGGGUGGCCUCAACGGAACGGAUACGGUCGAUAACGCCGGCACGCGGUACUAUCAGAAAACGGUUAAAACGGUGACCACGGAGCACGGCACCGCGAACGGAUAUCCGCACGAGCCACUGAAACGGUCCAACACCAUGGACGGCAGUUUCGGGCGGCAGUUCUCCAACGAUGGAAUCUCCGGCCAGACAUGGCUUCAGCUUCAGCAGCAAAAACUACGUGCCAGAAAGGAACAGCAGAAACGGGAACAUUCAAAUAGCUUUAGUUACAGUUACGGCAGCCCUGCAUUCCCCACCGGUGAGACGCCGCUGUACCACAGUGGAACCACGCAGCACCGGCGCAGCCAAACCCUGUCCCCGGUGCGGAUCAGCAACAACGAGCGGAACUACCACACGCUGACCACGACUACGCGGACCCACUCGACGGAGCGGCCAUUCGUGGCCGUGAAGCGGGCCCACGAGAACGCCAAGAUGCAGACGAUUGGUUCUGCACCGCUGUCAGUUUUGAACGCUUCACCGCACGGUCAUGUUGCACAAGCGCAACAACAGCAACAUCCGACACCAUCAUCAGCCCCAUCGCCAUCGCCCUCGUUGGCAUCGACGACCGUGGUGGACCAGAACAGCCACCACCACCACCAUCAGCAAAUUCAGCAACAACAACACGUUCAGUACACAGUAAACAGUAGUAGUAGCAAUGGCCACCACCAACAGCAACAGUCGCAACAACAACAACAAAUACAAAAUGGCAGCUUCAACGGGACACACGUUCAAAACGGGCUGCUGUCCCUGGCCGACCAGGACCAUUCGACGCCGAAGCACGGACAUGCGAGAUUGGAGUCCGAACAGUUACUCUUCAGUAACAUAAACAGUCUGAAUAAUCUCGAUACUAGCGAAAAACUAAACAAUCUGCUAAAAGACAUAACGAACAGUGCGGCGGCGGUCCAGCGGGCCGCCACGGUUGCCAGUAGUUUGCAACCGGCUGUUGUCACUACCAACACCACCACCAACACUGCUGCUGCUGCUCCCGCUGCUAAUAACCCGGCCGCUACUAUCGCUACUAGUGCUAACCACAACCUCAAUCAUCACCUCCAACAAAACCAUCAAAACCAUAGGCCCGUCCCAAACCAUCUAAAUCAUUUGAACAACAAUCAUCACCACCACCACCACAACCACCAAAACCAAAAUGGCCACCGGAAGGCACCCUACCCGGAACCAAUGGACGUGUCCCCAACCGAUGGCAACCCUCCACCACCGGUGGACCCUCCGAAUAGGGAAGGCCAGUUGGCGCUGGACAAACUGCUGGCAUCACUGGCACUGGAAAACGACGUUACCGAGCAACAUCUGGCCAAAAUUGACCAGCAACCGCCUCCGGCACCGGUAGUCCGGAACGGUAAAAACCCGUACCUCCCGUACCACGAGUCGGAACUGUCCGCCGUGAUUGCCAACCUCACCGAGUACAACCUGAGCGAAGCGCGGGACUCCCUCGGGGACGCCUUCCGCACCCACACCGACAUCAUCAACGGCAACGGGUACCACCACCACUUUACGAACGGACGGUCUGGCAGCACUGCCGGCAACGGGGACGUCCUCGGAAAUCACCACGUGCGUCGGAUAGCGUCUGAAAGUGACAGCACCAUCUCGUCCAUCUCGCCGAGCCUGUCCGAGCGAAGUAAUGCCAUCUCGUGGUGCGAUCAGGCUAGAGAGGAGUCGUUCUCGUCAUACCGCUCGGAAACGGAACCGGACAACUCGCCUACGGGCGGUUCGCCUCGGCCCGAGACGCCGGCCUUCCCCGUCACCCCACGGACCCCGUACGGUCUCAGCAAUGGCACCUCUAGUCCAGCACUUCCACCCAAGAGUCCGACAUCACAACGAAAAUAUAACUCGACAUGGUCACUGCGAAGCCAGAAGUCGACCGUUUCAACGUACGACUUGAGCAAGGACCUCUUCACCGGCCAGCGCUCCCAGGAACAGCUCAUCCAGAACCAGAACGAAACGAUGUCGUGCUACACGUCCCGGCGCAACUCGACGACCUCGAACGCCAACAGCGAACCCCAGGAGGUGGCGCCCCAGUUUGUGAAAUUCGCCCGCGAUUCGUCCAAGUACUGGUACAAGCCGGCCAUCAGCCGCGAGGAAGCGAUCGGACUGCUGCGGAACGCCGCGCCGGGCACGUUUGUGGUGCGCGAUUCGACCACGUUCGCGAACGCUUACGGGCUGGUCGUCAAGGUGGCCCAUCCACCGCCGGGAGUGCAACCGAAGGCGGGAGGAUCCAACGGGGACGAACUGGUGCGGCACUUCCUGGUGGAGCCGACGAUCCGAGGGGUGCGGCUGAAGGGAUGCUCGAACGAGCCCGUCUUUACGUCCCUGUCGGCGUUGGUCUACCAGCACUCGAUCACGCCUUUGGCGCUGCCCUGCCGCUUGAUCAUACCCGAUACGGACCUCCAGCAAACCGACUUCCAGUCCCCGGCCCAGCAGCAGCUUCUGACCCAGGGUGCCGCCUGUAACGUGCUGUACUUGUUCACCUGUGAUACGGAAUCACUCACGGGACCCCAAGCGAUCCGGAAGGCCGUCGGGCUGCUGCUGUCGCUGCGGCCGCUGCCAAAGCCCACGCAAGUGCACUACAAGGUUUCAAUCCAGGGCAUCACCCUCACGGACAACACCCGGCAGCUGUUUUUCAGGCGCCACUACCCCUCAAACAACGUGUCGUUCUGCGGCCUUGACCCGGAUGAGCACCGGUGGAGCAUACCGUCCACCACGGGAGACAUCCCCGCAUCCAAACGCAUCUUCGCCUUCGUCGCCAAGCGGUCGCCCACCUCGGCGGACAACCAGUGCCACGUGUUUUGCGAGCUCGAGGCGACCCAGCCGGCCACCGCCAUCGUGUCCUUUGCCAACAAGGUGGUCCUCGGGGGAGGUGGUUCGGCCUCCAAUCAGCCCCAGCAGCCCGUUGCGAGGGCAAUUUAAGGGGGGGCUUCAUGCUUUACGGAAAAAGAAGGAAGGGAAAAUUCGAGUCAUUUUUGCUGUUAGAAAUUUGUUUGUUUUUUUGUUCAAAUACGUCGACACAAAAAAAAAACACAAAAUUUGCGGGCAAGUCGCAAGUAAAAUUUAUCUUUAUUGGUACUACUUAACGAAGCAACGCAAUCGCACUAAACACAAACAAUCUGAGCGGAAGUUAACUGCAUGAAUUAAGGAAAAAGGAGAUUUGGACACACGCCGCCACACGUGGAAAGCAGCUUUUUAGAAUAGUCAAGUUGGAUAUUUUUAACAGAAACGCAGCGCAGCAGCAUGAGAAUAAAAGUGUAAACACUUUAAUUAAUUUGAUUGCAAAACUGUAUUACUUAUGUUAAAUAACAGAAAGAAUUAAAAGGAAACGCAACCACAACUACCAUAUUGUGUAAUAUUAAUAUAUCCACGCAAAUUGUCAGUGUAAUUAUUUAGCGCAACGCAUGUAUAAAUGUAGUUUUCUACGCAGAAGGAAAUAUUAUUUAACAUUCAAAAAAAUAUUUAUAAAAAAAUAAAUUAAACCAUUCUGUAAAAGAAAAUCCAUCUCUGCACCUUUUCAUUUGUUUCUUUUGUAACUAAUCCCUAAAUUUCCCCUCGCAAACGCCCCGAAAACACCCCUACAAAACAGACUCACCUCCCAACACUGAACUAAACGACACAUCACUUUCACACGUUACUCGCCACGUUUUAACACGCACACACUGUUUUUUUUCUUGCAAAAUCGGCUUCUUCGUUGUAGAAUUCUUCUUUCGUUUCGCUUCAUUUUCAGCUCAAUGUUUUAACCCCCAAAAAAAGCAACCCUUUUCAGCGAACGAGACAAAAUGGCACUUUAUUUCUUGUUUGAACGGCAGCUUCCCACCCUUCAAUUUUGUAGCGGCACAGCUUUUAAGAAACGCUAUCUCUCUCGCUAACAAACAAUUCGAAUUGCCCAAAGUACCGUUUCUUCCUAAGCUUUUUUCUGCGCCGAAAAUCGCUCUGAGAGAACGCGCCAAAAUUUGCGUUUGCAACUUUCUAAAACAUUCGAAAACAACUCAAACAAACCCAAACGGAUAUUUUUUCGCUUUGCAGAAACUGUUGUCAAAGAAAAAGUGUUACGAAAAAAGAAACAUGAAUAAAACGAACGAAUAAGCGUCUCCUUCGAGAAAUUGAGAAGGAGGCGUUUAUAACUACUAAUCAACAACAACAACAACAAAAAAGUGUGUGCGCAGGCACCUAAAACAAAACUAAAAAGUAUUAAAACCAGAUGUAGCGUUAGAGAGUUAGACUAACUGAAGCAUGAAGAAAUAAAGAGUUUUUUUUCAGUUAAUCGAAAUGUUCACAAAAAAACGGAGGAUGAAAACGUGCCUAAUAAUACACACCACAACAAAUGAGCAGCAAUUUUUUGACUACCAAUUAAAGGAAAUUUUGUAAUGCAAAACGUUAUUCAAUAGUCACCAUGAAACCAUUACACAGAUUCGUGUUAAUCAUUCAAGUUGUUAAAAAUACAGAAAAAAUGAGCUAGUCUUACACCAUGUUUGAAAGGCACAGUCAGAGAAAAUUGUUAUGGAAACCUCCCACUUUUGUUUUAAUUGCACUUUUUUGUUGUUUUAUUCCUAUUUUAUCCCUUCUACGGUUAAAAAUUUAUUGUUGUCUUUAGUUAUUUUUGGUUUGGUAAAACGAGUCACCCGAAUUUGUUCAACAACCAAAUUUCAUCAACCUUUUUUUUAAAUUAGCACAAAAAAAAUAUCCUCAUUUAUCAACUUAUUUCUAUUGUUACACGUUGUGUAAAUAUAAACAGGAAAACUUAACACACACACAAAUAACUGGCAAAAUGUUCAAAUAAAAGUGGAAGUAAUCAUA